AUGUCUUCGAAGACUCUCCCUACCUUCACCCGCGCCGAGAUCGAAGCGCAUAGCACGGCCAAGUCUUGCUAUGUCACGAUCGGAAGAAAGGUCUACGAUGUUACCGACUUCGCGGGGGACCAUCCUGGCGGUGCCGAUCUGAUCUUCGAAUACGGCGGGAAGGACAUCGAGGACAUCCUGAAAGACGAAGUCUCCCAUACCCACACCGAGACGGCCUACGAUAUCCUAGACGACUGCCUCGUCGGCUUUGUGGCCACCGCAAAGGCCACCAACGGGAAUGCCAACGGCUCGGCCAAAGCCUCCAAUGGCAAGCCCGCCGAGAAGGUCGAACUAGACGAGCAGGGCAGGCCCGUUCACCCACGUACUGGCAUGUCGUGCGAGGAAGACCUAGAAAAGGAGACGGAUUACUCGAACGAUUACAAGACGCACAAGUUCCUCGACCUCGGCCGGCCGCUCUUCGCCCAAAUCUGGUUCGGCGGCUUCAGCAAGAGGUUUUACCUCGACCAAGUCCACCGCCCACGUCAUUAUAAGGGCGGCCAAUCUGCCCCUCUCUUUGGAAACAUCUUGGAGCCCUUCAGCAAGACUCCCUGGUGGGUUGUGCCUACUCUAUGGGUGCCCAUGGUAGUCUACGGAAGUUCCUUGGCCAUCCAGGGCUUCUCUAAUCCUCUGCACUUUGCGGCCUACUGGCUAUUUGGAUUCUCUCUCUGGUCCUUUAUCGAGUACUGCCUGCACCGCUUCCUCUUCCACCUUGAUGAAUACCUCCCCGAUAACAGGGUUUUCAUCACCCUCCACUUCCUCCUCCACGGCAUUCACCACUACCUUCCCAUGGACAAGUACCGUCUCGUCAUGCCUCCCGCGCUCUUCGUUGUCCUCGCCACUCCCUUCUGGUUCCUCGCUCACGCCCUCUUCUCCUACUCGUGGCACGCCGCGACUGCUGUCUACUGCGGAGGUAUCUUCGGCUACAUCCUCUACGACAUGACGCACUACUUCCUCCACCACCAGAACCUGCCACUGUGGUACAAGGAGCUGAAGAAGUACCAUCUUGAGCACCAUUUCCUCGACUACGAACUGGGCUUCGGCGUUACCACUAAGUUCUGGGACAACGUCUUCGGCACCGAACUCAAGUCCGACCGCAAGUCUGCGUGA